GGAAAUGGUGAGAGUUGGUGUGGGUUUAAUUCUAUGAAAUUGUAGUUAGUGUGGUUAAAGACAAAAGCUCAUUAGUAAGCGAGAGCUUGAUUAAAUCAAAGUUUUUAAUAAGGCAAGAGGGUCCAAAAAUAUGAUGAGACUCACACAGCAAGAAGACAACUACACCAAUGUCCACAGAUAAAGACAGUGGUAGACAUAGCUCUAGAAGAGGGAUCAACACACCAAAAUUCUUCAGAAAUGGCUUCUUCUAAUGUUCCAAUCAUUACUUUCUUUGUUGGUUUCCUUCUCCUUGCCUCCUGCUCCUUGGCUUCACAAGCCAAAAACUCCACUGAAUUCAAACCUGCAAAAGAGCUCCUCAAGCUAAGGAGAAUAAGAGCACAUCUUAAAAAAAUCAAUAAGCCUUCUCUAAAGACAAUUCAGAGCCCAGAUGGUGAUAUUAUUGAUUGUGUUGCUUCUCAUCUUCAACCAGCAUUUGAUCACCCUAAAUUAAGAGGACAAAGGCCAUUGGAUCCACCAGAGAGGCCUAAAAGCAACGAGUCAAUUACAGAAGAAAUGGUUGAGAGUUUGCAAAUGUGGAGAGAUUCUGGUGAGUUUUGUCCAGAGGGAAGCGUUCCUGUUAGAAGAACUACAGAAGAUGAUAUUUUGAGAGCGAGCUCUGUUAGGAGAUUUGGGAGGAAAUUAGCCAGAGUUAGGAGAGAUUCUUCUGGCAGUGGCCAUGAGCAUGCAGUUGGUUAUGUAAGUGGAAAUCAGUACUAUGGGGCAAAGGCUAGUCUAAAUAUUUGGGCACCGCGGGUGACCACUCCUUCUGAGUUCAGUUUAUCACAAAUUUGGGUGAUCUCAGGAUCGUUUGGGGGUGAUCUCAACACCAUUGAAGCUGGUUGGCAGGUUAGCCCACAAUUAUAUGGUGAUAACCUUCCUAGGUUCUUUACUUAUUGGACGAGUGAUGCAUAUCGAGAAACUGGAUGCUACAAUCUCUUGUGUUCAGGCUUUGUCCAAACAAACAAUAAAAUCGCUAUUGGAGCAGCUAUCUCCCCCAGAUCAAGAUUUAAUGGUGGCCAAUUUGAUAUCAGUCUCUUAAUAUGGAAGGAUCCGAAGCAUGGACAUUGGUGGCUAGAAUUUGGCUCAGGUCUACUAGUAGGCUACUGGCCUUCAUCCUUGUUCAAUCACUUAGCAAAACAUGCAAGCAUGGUUCAAUUUGGCGGAGAAAUUGUGAACUCUAGAUCUUCAGGAGUCCAUACUUCCACUCAAAUGGGAAGUGGUCAUUUUGCAAAUGAAGGAUUUCGCCGAGCGGCCUAUUUUCGCAAUUUACAAGUUGUUGAUUGGGAUAAUAACUUGAUCCCUUGUUCAAAUCUCAAGCUCUUGGCUGAUCAUUCAAGUUGUUAUAGCAUUCAAGGAGGGGUAAAUAGAGUAUGGGGGAAUUAUUUCUAUUAUGGGGGUCCUGGAAGAUGUAUGAGAUGUCCUUAGAAAUUUAAGAGAUUCUUUUUGGUGAGGGUUAUUGAUUUUAUUUUACCAUUAACUUUCGGGUUUUUUUUGUUAUUAACAGAUGAUUGAGUAUAUUGUACAACUUUCAGGGAGGAGUAUGUAAAUUUCGAAAAAGAUA